AUGAUGAAACACCCCAUCACCCGCCUUAUCUACAUCGCCGCACCCACCGGCGCAACAUUCUACGGCAUCCAUCGCGGUCUAUCCCACCUAGAAGAAAAAUACCCCAACCUCCCCGCCUCAGACAGUGCAAGCAAAGCACUCCUGGUACCUAAGAACCCCAAGACUCAGCACUGCGCGUAUGCCGAUAUCUUCGCGGCGCGAAUCCCCAUGUCAGCCCUGGAAGCGCGUACUCAACCCGCCGGCAAGCAAGACCAAAUCAGUCUUGAAGAAGCAUGGGCACGAUCUGUACUUGGAAGUCGGGUACUUCGCACGGAAGCAUCUAUUCUCGGCCUCUUCAGCAGAAUGUCAUUUAGCCCCGGUGACAUUGGCGCGCAGGGCUUUGGAGCCGGUCCAGAUGACAAGCCGCAGGAGUUACUUAACGGGGUAGCUUAUACCCAACGUGCACCGGGUGCUGAUGCAGAUAGUCAAGGGUUGCUGAUUGCCUGGUAUAUGGCGGAUGAGCCGCGACUAUUCUUCGAGAAGAUUGCUCGAUGGGGGUAUCCGUGGCGACUGAUGUCUGGGGGUCGACAUGAGAUGAGUGUUUCGCAGCCGUACGAGGUCCCCGGGCAAGGACGGGUUGUGGAUGUGAGGUUUGCGGCAGCUCAUGACUAUGAGAUUGUUGAGGAGGAAGGUGUUCGGCAGAAGAUUAUUCCUGCUUGGGUGAUGCGGUUGCAUGCUGGUUAUUCGCGGUUGAUACUUGAUUUGGCGGUGCGGGAGGUGGUAGACUACUAUGAGAAGGCGAAUACUCGAGGAUGA